GAACAACGUUCGACCAUUAAAAUGAAUUUUUUCAAAUAUUUUUUUCUUAAAAUUGUCGCGUUAAUUUUCUUCUUCUCAAUAAUUUCGUGCGAAAAUGAUCCUGUUGUUGAAAAAAACGAUAUUGUAAAUAUAAAUCAACAAAUGGUUGGUAAAAUUUUAAAAACACAUUCUGGUAAGGAUUACUUUUCAUUUCGCGGAAUACCAUACGCUAAACCACCAAUUGGUGAAAGACGUUUUAAAGAUCCGGAACCGUAUGGAAAAUGGGAGGGUGUAUACGACGCUCGAAAGGAUGGUAAUGUUUGUCCUCAAGGAAUUAACGAUCCAAACAAUUUACCUAUGUCAGAAGACUGUCUAGUACUAAAUGUUUUCACAAAAUCUCUAGAAGGUAAUAAACCCGUUUUAGUUUACAUACAUGGUGGUGCCUACAAAUAUGGUAGCGGAAAUAGUUUGAUAAAUGGUCCAAAACAUCUACUUGAUGAAGAUAUUGUUUUAGUAACAUUUAAUUAUAGAUUAGGACCAUUUGGUUUUCUUUCGAGCGAUUCCAAAGAUGCUACUGGAAAUUUUGGUUUUAAGGAUCAAGUUUUAGUUUUGAAAUGGGUUCGGGAUAAUAUUAAGCAUUUCGGCGGUAAUCCCGAUUUAGUAACAUUAAUGGGACAUAGUGCCGGUGCUUUAUCAACUACACUUCAUAUGGCAUCACCAAUGUCAAAAAAUCUUUUUCAUCGAAUAGUUGCAAUAAGUGCAGCAGCAACACAUCAUUGGAAAGCCCUAAAUUUGUAUUGGACUCAGAAAUUAGCAGAAAUGGUUAAGUGCCCAGUAAAUGAUAGUGAGGAAAUGGUUAAAUGUUUACGUGGAAAACCAUGGGAAGAAAUUGUAAAAGCAUGUUUUAAAUGGGAAGCAAAUGGUUUAGCUGAUAUCGAAUGGAAUGUUGAAAUUGAGAAGGAUUAUGGUCAAGAGAGAUUUAUAACAAAACAUCCAUCUGUAUUAUAUAAAAAUGGUGAAUUUAGUAGAAUUCCAGUUAUGGUUGGAAUUACAAAAGAUGAAUUUGCAGAUCAAGGUCAUAAAAUUAUAUUGAAUACAAAAUUAUUAGAGGAGCUUAAUGAAGAUUUUAAUCAUGUAGCACCAAUAUAUUUUGGUUAUAAUUCUUCUGAUAUUGAUGAAGCAAAUAAGAUUAGUGAAAAAUUAAAGAAUGUUUAUUUUAAAGAUCAAAACAUUGGAAUUGAAACAGAAGCAAGUAUAGGUAAUAUAUUUAGUGAUGCUCUAAUAAUUCAUGGUGUUCAUCGUUUUGUUCAAUUGGCAAGUCAACAUAUUGAUGUUUACUUCUAUAGAUUUGAUUUUAAAGGACGUUUUACAUGUUCAUAUUACACAAGUGAUAACAAACCAUUUUAUGUGUAUCACGAAGAUAUUCUUCUUUAUUUAUUUGCAUAUCAUACAUGUGCACCAGAUUUAAAAAAUGAAGAUCCUGAAUAUUUAAUGAUGAAGAAAUUUAUUGGAUUCGUAACAAAUUUAGCAGAAUCCGGAAAUCCUAAUGGUGAUAAGAGUAAAGAUGAUGAAUUAUAUUGGGCGCCGUCUACAAAAGAAAAUAUAAAAACCUACUAUAUUAAUGAAAUUUCAAAACUUGAUGGACCACCAUAUCAAGAUAGGCUUACUGCUUGGGAUGAACUAUUCCCAAUUCCACACAAUUAAGGAACUUAGUGGGAAUACAAACGAAAUUGUUUAAUAGGUUGUUAGUUAAUUAAAAAGUUUAGUGUUUUCGAUUUUAAUUUAAAAACUAUUUAUAAAGUUCGACAGUUAGUAGCCUAUUGCAGUGAUCUUUCACCGUUAAUUCGUACACUUUCUAUACAAUAUUUUGCUGAACAAUUUGAAUUUAUAUUUAAAAUAUUUGAAUUUCAUCAUGUUAUCAAUAAAUUUUUAAUUUUGUUUUUAAAAAAAUUUGAAAUUUUUGUAAUUUGAACGAAUGAGUGUAGCCCGAAUUUACAUUUGGACUUUAAUAAA